GUUCCAAUCUUGAACAUUUCUUGCAAGAUGAAGUACCUCUUUGUAGUUGCUCUGGCUGUCCUGGCCAUCCAGUUGGCUUCGGCCACCUCACCUACCACCACUGAUCCCACCACCACCACGACCACCACUUCGGCAACAACCACUACGACAGCUUCUUCUUCCACAACCACCACCACCGAAUCGUCCUCCUCUGGAAAGAAGAAGUGCUCCAAGAAAAACAACUGGUGUGGCAAGUUCAGGCCCAAGAAGAAGUGCAAGCAUCCCAAGAGGUGCCACAAGACCAUCGUCCGAGUGACCCACAGGAAGGGCUAAGAAAUAAGAAAAAUAAAAC